AUGUCACUCUCCAACCCACUCAACGCAGCCCUAGUCCCCGCGAUCCUCUUCGUCGCCUAUCGCAUCCUCUUCCCUUCCAAGCCCACAGCCCCAGCUGUCCCAUGCACCCGCUACGACCAGGGCGAGUACAACUGGGCUCCCACCAAGCACCCAAAGGUGGCAGUGUAUAAGGACUAUGACGUCCACGAACUCACAAAGAGCGACGGACGGGGAACUAACAAUAUCCUCCUCGCUAUUGCGCGGAUCGUAGAUGGCGAAAUCACCGAGCGGACGGUGUUUGACGUGUCGUCUGGGGCCAACUUCUACGGGCCAGAGGGCAUGUAUGGGAACUUUGCGGGGCGGGACGCGUCGCGCGGCAUGGCCAAGCAGUCUUUUGAUGAGGAUAUGCUUACGGAUCUCGAUAAGCCGCUCGAUAACCUCAAGGACUUGACUGCUGCUGAGAUCGACAACAUGCACGGGUGGCACGACCAUUUCUCGAACAAGUACAAGGUUGUUGGGCGGCUGGUGUAG